GAAUCAGCAAAUAUUCGUGGAGUACCUGCUUUUAAAUGGAAUAAUAAUAGUACACAAUUGAUUUUUUCCAAUGAUAGAUCUACUGUUGAGAUGAUGAAACCUAGCAAUACAAAACAAAAACCUGUACACAAAUCGAUAUUGGGAGAUAUGAUAUUUAAAAAUCUUGGAGAAUAUGAAUGGAAUAUCGUAAUUGAAAAAUUGGGCGAAAUAGUUUAUAUUGGUAUAUGUGGUGAUGAGAAUUUAAGUACAACUGAACAAAAUUACCAUGGGUGGGUCCUUGGAUCUGAUGGUUACGUUUAUCGUAAAAAGGAUUGGAAAUGGUAUGAUGCAAAGAUGAAAGUAGGGGAUAAUGUUACUAUUCACCUGAAUAUAAGCACAGUUGAUAAAAGGAGAAAGUGCGAAUGCUCAUUUUCUAUCAAUGGGAUUAAAAAGCCUGUGGUUUCCGGAUAUGGAUGGAAUGAUAUUCCUACUCAAGUUUAUCCUGUCGUUUCUUUGGGUUGUGGUAGUAAAUUGCGUAUAAAACCUGUAUCAUCAGUGUGA